AUGAGAGGUUCCUCUCCUGAAAAGGAAGCUAUGUCAGUUUACAAUAAUAUAAAGUUGGAAUUCUAAUCAGUUUAUGAUACACCGGAAAAUAAAGAACUUCUUUUGGAAAUCUAAGUACCUUCUAAUUUAGGAAAUGAUUAUGAUUCAUAUGUUUUAUUAAGCUCUAUAAGUGAGAAUUUAGAAGGAUUUGAUAAAAACACUAUUACAAUAUUUUCGAUUAACAGUAGAGGAUAAUAAGAGCUCAUCCCUCUUUUUGUACCCACUACAAUAGCUGAUAUAGAAAUAAGAACAUAUAAUAAUGAUAAUUGGAUCUUUGUUAACCUUUAUUAAACUGGAGUUUCGUCAUAUCCAUAUAGUUAAAGUUCUUCCCAAUUUGAAAGGCCCUAUUUGGAAAACGGAAGAUUAGGUAUUGUAAAAUCGAAUGCUUAAUAAGCUCUAAUUUUUAGUUUAGAUAUUCCAAAUGAAUAGUUAACAAGUAUAGAUAUGUCUUUAAGUCAAAGUGCUAAUGCAGGAGUUUAUAUUGUUUGUAAUCCUUUAAUUAAGUUCGAAUAAAAUUACGAAUUACAUAGUUUUUCGUUAUUAGAUGAUGAUAUGUUUGUAGAAGUUAAUUCUUAGAAUAAUAAAUUUACUUUAGUUAAAGUAGGGGCUAAUACAACUGAUGCUUUAAAAAAACUCUUUUUUAGAAACGAGUUUUCGAUAUCUCCUGGUUUAGAAUUCGGUAAUAGCCCAGAAAUAGUCCCUGCUUUUCUAAGAAUUACUAUGUAAGUUCCUAGCACAUAAAGCAAUGCUUUUGCAAUUUUUUUUGAUGGAUCUUUCUUUAUUAAUGAUAUAAAUGAUGAAUAAGGUUAUAACUAUAAUUAAAUUGUAACUAUUAAUGAUUUUUCUAUCUCUACUACAGGCUUUAAAGUAGGCGAAAAAGCAGAAAAUGUAUAAAUAAAUGUAAAAUUUUCCCAAAGCUAACCUAAUUCAAUUGAUUCUAAUAAUCAAUCUACAAAACUAACAGGCGCAGCCUUUACUAUGAUAACAAAUUGGGAAUUUUUUAACUCAGGAAGUGCAACUAAAUGCAAUUUUAAUGGCGAAACUUGUUCGUUUUUUACUUUCUCUUCUAAUAAGUAUGUCCUUAUAUGUCCAUAUAGAUCUGAAGACAUAUUCUAAAGAUUAACUUUUACUAAGAUUUUCAAUGAUUUAAACUUAGAAUAAAUUAUUUAUUUAUGA